AUGUCGCGAUCAAAAGAUAAGAUGCUCCGGGCUUGAGCCGUGCCAACAAUGCACAAAGAGAGACCUGAUGUGCCAUUUUCCUGACGAAAAUCAGAAAGUACUCGUUACCAGAAAGUACAUCAAUGAGCUGCACAACAGAUUGGCAGCAUACGAGAGGCGUGAAUCGGAUGAAGACCCAGUGAGCAGGAACUUGGAAGACUUGAUGAGUCCCGAAAUGUAUGGUGAAACGAACUGCUUCACAGACGACAAUUUGGAUACAACUCGGCGCUCGUCAGGCCUUGCACCUGCAUCACCGUCAUCAUCAAGGGAGGCUACAGCAGCUCAAGAGCCAGGUGAUGUGGCGGAAGCGCCUCUGACCAACCCUUUAGCGUUUCAUACGAUUGACUGGGUUCCGGGACCACAUGGAGCACCUGUUUUCAUGGGAACGUCUUCAAAUUGGGCUUUUGGACGACGGGUAUUAACAAUGACGCAUGAAGCUGUCACAGGAACGCCUUUGCAGAUCGAUAACCUGUUCUUUGACGGAAACGUCUACGACUUGAAGUGGGACGGGAGCAGGAGUUCCUGCGCUCGCGACGACUUUUGCCCAUCCAAUCUGCCUACUCAGGACUUCGCUAUUUAUCUGAUAAACUCGGUCAAGUUCCGCUGUGGCCGCUUGUUCUACCUCUUUGACGAGGAAAGCUUCAUGAAGCAAUUUGCGAUAUUUCAUGAACACGGAGCCAAUCACCCAGGCCUAUCACGUCUCUGGUGUGUGCACUACCUAAUUCUCCUGGCGUUUGGGAAAGCAUUUGUGGUACAAACAACGAGAUCUCAAACUCCUCCGGGCUUAGAUCUUUUUGUCCAUGCCAUGAAGAUUAUGCCAGACUUUACUUUUUUCGAAUGCAACUUUGUUGAAAAGAUACAAGUUCUCUGCUGUGCAGCACUUUACUUGCAAUGCCUCAGUUGUCGCACGUCGGCGUACCGGCAUCGGUGGGGAACUGACAUCCACAAGAUAUCCCAGGCUGUAAGCCUAGCACUUGAAGGUGGAAUGUAUACAGAGAUGCAAGGGCAAUACUUGGACGAAACCUACGUCCAGAAGUGCCGUUUGAUGUGGUGGACCCUCUACGUGCUGGAGAGACAUAUGUCUACUCUCCUUGGUGUUCCCAUGUUCAUCAACGAUGAACACAUAUGUACGCCUUUCCCUGCCCGCCCCGAUCAGGGACAGAGGACAAGUGUCAUGCAUAUCCAAGUGAAGUUGGCGCAAAUUCUCGGACAAAUUCAUCGCAGUAGGCCGUAA